CACGCGCUCACCCAAAAAAACGCCAUCGUCAAACCCUAUCCCAGUCUCUCAUUCUCUCUCGUCUCUCCUCCUGAUCACUAUCUCUUCCUCUCAAAAAAUCCUAAACCCUAACCCUAGAUUUCUCAUGAAGUUCGUCAAACCCUUCGACGACCCUAGGGUUUUCCUGUCGAAACCAGACGUCAUUUGAUGGUUUCUUCGGCACCCUCCAAACCCUAGGUUUUUUUCUUUUUGUGUUGUGUUUUUCUGUUUUCUUUAAUCUGAGGCUAUGGAGGGCUCUGUGGAGGAUCUCGGAGCCCCGGAGUCGUGGGAGGUCGCCGAUUUGGACGAGUCCAUGAGCCGCCUCAUACUCUCCUCCAAGAAAGACUCCAAGCCGGUUCAAGAGCUGAGCGAUAGCUCAGCUUCAGUUUCGGCUUCAUCGGCUUCUGUUGCUUCGAAUUCGGUUUCGGCCGGUGGUGAGGAUGCCUCCGACGAUGUAAUCAAUCAGGUCGAUCAGUUCCUUCGAGAAGCUCUGCAGAAUCCUCGUGAGCGCUUGUCAAUUUUACGGAUGGAGCAAGAUGUUGAAAAGUUUAUUCGUGAUCCUACUCAACAGCAAUUUGAGUUCCCACAGCUGCCUACAUCCUAUUUACGGUUGGCUGCACACCGUGUGGCACAGCAUUACUCGCUGCAGUCAAUGGUUUUAUUGGACAAUAGUUUGCCUGACGGUACAGGUUCCAGAAUUAUUGUUCGCAAAACUUCUGAGUGCCGGCUUCCUCUGAUUCGACUUGCAGAUAUCCCUAUCAAUUUACCAUCAGAAGAGAGUGGUGUUAUUAAGGUUGCAAUCAAACAGAGACCACAGAAACGGUCACAGACUGUCAACAAUGCAAAUUCAAAUUCUUUAAAGUCGGGCAAUUCCAAAAGCGUCGAGGAAAGAAAAGAGGAGUAUAACAGGGCUCGUGCUAGAAUAUUUAACUCCAGUAAUAGUAUUAGCAGUGUUGUAAGUGGGAAACCGGAAAAUGAACCAAGGCUGCCGGAGAAUUCCCAGCAUGGUUACUUGGGGAUUCCGAGGAUAGAAGAGAAAUCUGUUUCGGCCAUUACUGAUGUAAAUUCUAGUAGAGGUCUGAUCGAUUCUUCGACAAGUAGCAGUAGAUCAGCUAGAAGUAGAACAGAGAAGGAGCCACCAAUUGGUCGGAACAAACCAAAUAGUAGGGUGGCUAUAUUUAGGGACCGUGAGGUUGAUCGUAAGGAUCCUGAUUAUGAUCGGAAUUAUGACAGGUAUUUGCAAAGAUUUGAUCCUGGGUUUGGGUUCAACGGAGGACCAUACACCAUGCAGCCUAUGUACACACCUGCAUUGAACUACAACACUGAAUUUCCACAACUUGGAUCUACUCAUAGGCCUCAGAUUUCUCCUGAACACCAACCUCGGCCACUCCCUCAACAUCUGCCUGGGCCAUGGGCUGGACCAUCAACCCCUACAGGAAUUGGGUAUGGCCAUCCAGAGACAAUGAUGACAGCAUUCAAUCCUAAUCAUGUCAGUGCCCGCUCCACAUCUGCCAUAUACCUGCAUUCCUCUCAGUACCCUUGUCAGCAGCCAGGAAUGCCCUUCAUCCAUCCUCAUGAACAAGUUCACCAACCUUUUUCACAGUCUCAUCAACAGCAACCUGAUGCAAGUUUUGGAUUAGCCCGGCCCCGAUGAGGGGCAUGGGCCAUGCCUGCACGCUGCCAGCUGGAGCCCAAAAUAUGAUGAGGGGUUGCUACAGUUGCACAUAUUAUUAGCUGGCAGGAGUGCAGGCAUAGAGGACCGAGAUGGACCGAAUUGGAUGUAUUAAUUUCAUGGAGACCAAUAUUUGAUCCAUUCGACCAUCUUGGGUUUGAUGGAGGCUUCUUGCAUCUCUGAUAAAUGAUGAAGAAGCUCAUUGGGUUUACCAUUUCCAUCUCUAAAUGAGGUUUUUGAGAGCCAUGUUUUACAACUGAUGAUUGAUGAAGAAUGAGAAUAGAAGAAGAAUUUACCAGAGCUGGGAAAGUAAUUGGUCGGCUUGGACACAGGCUUUGCUCAUCUUUUAACUACAAGCAAAACUAAAAUAGGUGUUUUCUUUUUGGCGACAGCACCACCAAGAAGAAUCAAAGUGAACAUGCAUUGAAGGAAUUCAGAAGCUUAUAGGGAUCUUUGGUGUGCCUCUGGCUUUUUUGAUUUGUGAAAGCUCUGAUCAUCACUUGCUAUGCUUCAUUGGAACACUUUUUUGGUGCAGAAAUAAGAAAGCAAACCCACAUUAUGUACCAUAUUAGCCGUUUGGGACUGUAACUAUAUUUUAGGUCACUCUUUAAUUUAUUUUGGAUAUAUUACUCGUAUCCAUUGCAGAAUCUGAAAAUGUUGGUAGUUGUGAAUACCUAAAUUUGUAUUUAUGUUCUCACAUGGUUAGCCUCUCUAUUCAGGUUCCUUUGCUGGUUACACGCA